GGAAUUAGCUCUCCUACCCCAACUGCACGCCAUUUAAUAAGCCUACUUCCCAACCUCCCCCUUCAAAACCCACUUCAAACUCAGAGAACUUUCGCCAUUUUUUAAUAAAAUCCCUUAGCAGAUCUCAGCGUAUAACCAUUUCUGGGUUCUGGGUCCUCUGAUUCUGCUAUUUCAGGAUCUGGGUUGAAAUCACAGUGGGGUUAAUUUGGCUGUGAAGAUGAAGGUCUCAGUAGUUUCUCGCAGUGGGAGAGAAGUUGUUGACGGCGGCAUUCAACUAAGCGAUUCUGCUUCGGUGGCGGAUCUGCAGGAUGCGAUUUACAACCGAACCAAAAAGUUCUACCCUGCUAGGCAGCGGUUAACUCUUCCAGUUCAACCUGGUUCAAAGGAGAGGCCUACUAGAGAGUAUUGUAGCAACAACUCAGACAACAUAACUGUUGUCUUCAAGGACUUGGGUCCACAAGUUUCUUAUCGUACUCUCUUCUUUUUUGAAUACUUGGGCCCCUUGAUCCUCUACCCCAUCUUUUACUACUUCCCUGUCUAUCAGUUCUUUGGCUACAAGGCCGAACGUGUCAUCCAUCCGGUUCAGACGUAUGCAAUGUACUACUGGUGUUUUCACUACUUCAAACGAAUCAUGGAAACAUUUUUCGUUUCGUAUAUUGCAUAUUAUGUUAAUCACCCACUUUAUAGCCCUGUUGGUGACCUUCAAAUGAAGAUUGGGUUUGCAUUUGGUUUGCUGUGUCAAGUGUGUAACUUCUACUGUCAUAUUUUGCUGAGAAAACUGCGGAGCCCUGAGGGGAAUGGGGGAUAUCAAAUCCCAAAGGGGUUUCUGUUCAACAUUGUGACAUGUGCAAACUACACAACAGAAAUAUAUCAGUGGGUAGGCUUCAAUAUAGCUACACAGACUGUCGCUGGUUACAUCUUUCUUGUGGUUGCUACUCUGAUCAUGACGAACUGGGCCCUUGCAAAGCACCGUCGCCUCAAGAAGCUGUUUGAUGGGAAGGAGGGAAGGCCAAGGUACCCACGCAGAUGGGUGAUACUUCCUCCAUUUCUGUAGAAGGAUUGAUUGGGCGGCCUCAGAUCCAUAUUUUAUCGAGUUGGUAGCUCUAAGUUUAAAAUGUCCCUUGAAGAACACCACAAGAUAUCAUUUUCUCAAUGUAUUUGAUGUUCUUUGAGGUUGUCUUAACAGUACUUUGCCUUGUUCUUUGUGUUGUAUGGGAAUCAAAAUAAAUUAUUAUUUAUUGGGACAUUUUUAUUA